CACACAGCUCAGUUAUAUCAUCCAAAUCUAACCGUUGGAUAAGCGGAUACGCGAUCUGGUUUACGGUUAGGCGAUCUGGUUACGGUUUAGUUUAUCUGUUUUAUUAAACCAAUUCCAAUUCGACUUUAUUUUAGUUCAUUUGGUUCAGUUGGGUUCGGUUUUUUUUUGGAUGUCUUUAUCAGUCAUCAUCAUAAUUGGAGGAAAAUGUUGGAAUGGAAGUUAUUAUAUCCUUCAGUUGGAUGGUUGAGCUAAUAUGGGUUAAUAGAGAGAGCUAUAUAAUGGCCAAUAUGAUUCUUGUGGUGUGUAGUAUUGCUCCAAGUCAAGUUAGAUUUCUAUUUAUGGAAUUUAACUAUUUUCAUAUUGUCUUUCACUGAUAAUAAUUUUUGUCCUAAAUAAGAUAAACAUUACCAUUUACCAAGCGUGGUAGAACUGAUCAACCAACAGCAGGAUUGUUACUUAUUUUCUUAACCUCAUUUAAGCUAAGAGAGAGUUUAUUUUUCUGAGAACCUACCGAUCAUGAGAGGAGAAGAGACAGAGUCGUGGAGGUACUUUAGAAGAGAUGUUGUGCCGUUUGCUGCCAUGUUUGCAGUGGAGUGUGCGACGGUUGGGUCAAGCACAGUGUACAAGGCUGCUACCUUAAGAGGAUUGAACUUCUAUGUCUUUAUCUUUUACACUUAUGUUAUUUCAACACUAAUACUUCUUCCACUUUCCAUCAUCUUUGGAAGGUCAAGAAGAUUGCCUUCAGUCAAGUCUCCUCUCUUCUUCAAGAUUCUCUUACUUGGGCUUGUCGGUUUCAUGGCAGUGUUAGCUGGUUGUAAAGGAAUAGAAUACAGUUCUCCUACUGUUUCCUCUGCUAUCAGCAACCUCACACCAGCUUUUACCUUCACCCUUGCCGUUAUCUUCAGGAUGGAAAAUGUAAGGUUAAGGAGUUCGGCGACUCAGGCUAAAAUCAUCGGUGCAAUAGUAUCUAUAUCUGGUGCUUUGGUUGUUGUGCUCUAUAAAGGCCCCACACUCUUCGCUGCUGCAUCUGUUUCACCUACCAUUUCACUUCACAAGCACUUGACUUCAUCAGAGUCAAGCUGGAUAAUCGGUGGCCUUUUGAUUACUUUACAUUACUUUCUUACAUCAGUCUGGUAUAUUCUUCAGACUCGAAUCAUGGAGAUAUACCCUGAAGAAAUAACUGUUGUCUUCUUAUACAAUCUAUGCGUAACACUAAUCUCAGCACCAGUAUGUUUAUUGGGGGAAAGGAACUUCACUUCUUGGAUUCUUAAACCGGAUGUUUCUCUCGCUGCAAUAAUGUACUCGGGAGUUUUCGUUACGGUAUUUAGUGGGCUUACCCACACAUGGGGUCUGCAUCUGAAGGGUCCAGUAUACAUAUCCUUGUUCAGGCCAUUGUCUAUUGUUAUUGUAGUAGCCAUGGGUGCUAUAUUCCUUGGCGAUGCACUUCACCUCGGGAGUGUGAUUGGAUCAGUGAUAUUGUGCAUUGGAUUCUACACGUUGAUAUGGGGAAAAGCAAGAGAGGAUACAACCAAAAAUGUAGCUGGCUCUGAGCAUUAUUCACCUUUGCUGCUAACACACAUCAUAGAAGAUGAAGCCUUGCCAUUAAGAUAGGAUUGAUGCAAGUAAAUAUUAUGCAUUGUAAAUAAUGACAAGUGGAGGUCCCAAAAACAAUACAACUCUGAAAAUUACACCCAAAAAAAUACAACUCUGAAAAUAUUAAAGUUACAAACCAUAGCAAAUAGAAAUUUAACUUGAGAGCAUUACAUUAUAGGUUACUUUUUGUUGGGUCUUUCACAUAUUUAGAUACUUUCAACUAGAAGAGUACUUUAUGCCUACCUUUUGAAUCUUUGUUCCCGAAAUGUCCCUGUAGAAAAUAAAAAUAAAAACGAGAUACAGAAGAGAGAGAAUAAUUAAAUCCAGUCAUCACCUUCGUUUCUUCCUCUGUAUUCAAUUUUUCUUCUUAUCUUUCUCUUCUUCUCUAAACCCAUUACCAUUUUUUUGGAAAUUUGUACUUAGUUCAAAUUCCAGCCAUCUUAACUCCUCGUUCCCUUCACCACCGAUUUCAACCAAAUCUUCAAAUUAAUGUUUUCUCUUUAGAUUUUUUUUACAUCGAAUCUCCAGGGAAUUGUGUGGGUAGGUUUGUUUUGGUCAUCGAAUAUGUGGUCAGAGUUUUUGUGGCUGCGGUAAUUGUGUUGUUGAGGCUGCAACUACAAGUGAGCAACUGCAGUGGAUUAGAGAAGUUUCCGGUGACCAACUGCGCCGGUAUGGCAAUUGUGGUUACUGGGUACUAGUGUAGGCAUAGUUGUGGUCAGUGGUCAUACUGAACAUGUAACAAUGAUCACUAGCUACUGGUAAAUCCAUAGAGUCAGACUGUUGGUAGGGAUCUUUCCAUUUUUGUGGUCACUCCACAAAAAAAUGUGGUUCUGGUCAGCCCUUACACACAUGGUAAGGAAAAUAGUAAUUGACUCAUGAAACGGUGCCAUAUCUUCAUCUCCUCGCUGUAACUGGCCGCCAAUAUCAUAUCUUUUUUCAAUUUCCAGAACUUCAUGCUAUUCACUUGCCCCGUCCAUAGUUGUGUUUACGUACAAGCGGUGUUUCUCAAGAACCUCACAUCAUUCUAACGGUGAGCAUCACACUUCUGUUGAUUAUGGCUCCUCAACAAAUUAGACUCUGGACCAUCACCAUAACCAUUCUCUUCAGCCAUGAGUAUUGGAGGAGUGAAGGCUUUUAGUGGAGCUGGAGUUCUAGAUGAUGAAGUCGUAGAAGAGAUGGAGAUCUUGUGGUGGUGGAGAAAAAUAGAAAGAAAAGAAGAUAAGAUUUUUUAAGUACAAGGUCUUUUUGGUAAAGUUGCAAGAACAAAGUACAUGACAAGUAGAAAGUAUGUGUAAGUGUUAAGAGAGAGGAAAAAAGUAUGUGUAGAUGUAAUAUUUUCA